AUUUCCAUGACAACAAGAGACCCUUUGGCUUGAGAGGCAUUUUCCCUGCUGACAAAACAUUUUCCAUGACGGGCCCUAGACUUUGGAAUUCAUACCCUCCUUUAGUCCGAAAUAAUCCAAAUCAGUUGAUGUUAAGGGCACACUGCAAGCCAUCUCUCUUUCCCCAGACUUUUGAGGAGAAAGGAAUAAGCCAAGGGUCAGGAUACAUAUAACGAGGGUGGAGAUCUGCAGCUACAUUGGAACUUUUUCUUUUCUGCUUUUGGGGAGCUUCAUUUAAUUUUGCAUUUUUAAUACAUGACAAAGGCUCUUACAGUUUUCAAGAACCACUUUAAAAACAUUUAUGCAACUGUGAAAAAAGGGAAAAUACCCUCUCCAUCCCCUUAAGAUUUUGGAUGUAUUUGGUGCAGCAGCUUAUGGACAGCUAAUCUAUCCUUCACCAGAGGUUGCCAGAGACUUCUGGACCCAUAUUGAAAGCUGAUGCUUUCUGUCUUAGAUGUUACCAUUCAAAGUUUGAUACACCCAUCCUUCACCAAAAGCUUCCAAUGUCUUGGGUGGUAUUCUUGCGUGCUAACUGUUUCAAGAAAGGGGGCAGGAAACCCCGAUGUCUCCUAUAAUGUUGUAUCUUUAAUAUUUGGAAAAAGUUCACUCUCAACUGAUGUUCAAGUAGAAACAAGAAUGGUUUAGUUUGGGUUCACUGGGGUGGAAAGGAAUGUUGUCUUUACAAAAAUAAAGCAAAAACCACUGGAACAACUUUUAAACAUCAUGGAUGGAAUGAGAACUGAGAGGCUGAAAACAUCAUCCUAUCAGGGUUUAGGUAUUUUGUUUAACUGGUUUGCAUGUAUCAUUCUGUGGGUAGGGUGGGGUGAAGGUUUUAUGUGAAGUAUUUUGAGUGUAUUUUAACUGGUUGUUUUCUAUUUCUUUUAUAUGGUAACAUACUUGCCAGUUGUAAAACUAAAUCCUCGUCUCCAAGAAGUUGCCUUCUCCUCAAAUUUAUGAUCGACCAAGGCCUUUCAACAUAUCAGACAUGAAGAAACAGACCAUUAUUUUAUCACUGGACUUGAAGGGAAAAUAAAUAAAAAAGGGACCAUCAUGUCCUUUUGAGGGCUUAAUUCUCUUAUAUAGCCCAAACCAAUAAGAUGCUGAGAGCCCUCAACUUCCAUUGACAUCAGCAUUAAUUUGAAAAAUUGAGGGCAAAUACCCAAAGAGUGAAGUAACAAUGACACAGCUUAAUAUAUCAUGAUGAAUCAGAUCCAUGCAGAAAGAAGACUGCUCCCACUGGGUUUAAGUGAUGAAGGAAAAAAAGAAGAAGAAAACAGAAUGAUAAGAACCAACCUCCCUUCCCUGAAAAUCCCAAAACUUGGUGUCAACAAAUGUUUUCCCACAGUUUGCUGCCACCAGGGAUUGCUUCCUGAACCAAACCAGAGAAUUGUAGAAGAGGAACCUCUUUCCCCCAGACUGGACAAAUAUAAGCUGGCAAGAUUUUUAGCUGACAAGGCAAUCAGGGAAAAGAAAAUUUUUACCAUCUGUGGACCCUACCCAGUAAUUCGUAGAAGUUUAAGGAAAAAAGGAUGGGUGGAGAGAAAGCUUUCCAUAAGAAGUGACUUACAGGACAAUACAGAUGACGAGUGUGAUGCUGAUUGUGAAGAUGGUGGGAAGAAUGGCAAAAGAAAUGUCUUGUGUGAAGAAGUUUCUGGCCUUGACUGUUCAGAUGACAUUCAUGAUGUAAUGUCUAGGUUGGUAAGAAAUGAAGAGACAUCCUUUUUUUGGACUAUAAAAAAGGAUGCAAUUAAUUACCAUAACCUACAUUGUGAUCAGAUGCUGAAUCAUUAUGCAAAAACUGGCUCCUUUACAACUAAAAUUGGACUUUGUUUGAAUCUGAGAAAUUUGCCAUGGUAUGUUCCAGCAAAUCCAAAUACCUUUUUCCCCCGCUGCUAUGGUAUUUACAUGGAUGAUGAGAAACAUGAUUUUAUAGAGGACUUCAGGAAUACAGCAGCGUGUAGCAUACUCAAAUGGGUCAUCAGUCUUAACGCCUGUGAUAAAAAAACACAGAAGUCUAAAGGAAAAAUUAGUAAAGAAGAUGUACGCCAGAAGAAAGAUCCUGUAGAUUCUGAUGAAAAGGAAAUCAAGCAACUUCCUGGAAAACUAAUAGACAUGGCUUGCCAGGUUUGUGAAACCUACCUUGGGCAGAUGGAACACGAGGACAUUGACACAGCAGUGGAUGCUUCUGCAGUUCUUAGUGAGGAGGAAUGGAAAGACUUAAUUGAACAGUACUACUGUCUCAUUCAUGAAGGUGCUGUCAUUUGUAGUGCACAUAAUUACAUUACACAGUGUCAAAAGAUUCUGAGCAAAAUCAUGUCUACAAACCCACAGCAAGACAUAGACGGUAACCACAAUAUCUGGAUUAUUAAACCAGGAGCAAAAUCUCGUGGCAGAGAAAUAGUGUGCAAAAAUAGAAUGGAUGAUAUUCUGAAGUUAGUAGAAGCAACAGAUCAAUUUCCAGUAAAGGACCACAAGUGGGUGGUACAGAAGUACAUUGAGACACCAUUGCUAAUUUAUGAUACUAAAUUUGAUAUUAGACAGUGGUUUCUUGUCACUGACUGGAACCCUCUGACUAUAUGGUUCUAUAAAGAAAGCUAUCUGAGAUUUUCUACACAACGUUUCUCCUUAGAUAAUCUAGACAGCUCCAUUCAUCUUUGCAAUAAUUCUAUCCAGAAACAUUACAAAAAUGCUGCAGACCGGAAUCCUCUAUUGCCAUGGCACAAUAUGUGGACAAGCACCAAAUUUCAGGAGUACUUACAAAAGAGAGGUCGAGGCAAUAUGUGGCGAAAUGUUAUCUAUCCGUCCAUGAAAAAAGCCAUUACCUACACCAUGAGGAUGGCUCAAGAGAGCGUUGAAGCCCGGAAGAGCAGUUUUGAGCUGUAUGGGGCAGACUUUAUUCUUGGAGAAGACUUUAAACCAUGGUUGAUUGAAAUCAAUACUAGCCCAACAAUGUUCCCUUCUACACCUGUCACAGCAGAGCUAUGUGCGCAGGUGCAAGAAGACACAAUUAAGGUAGUUAUUGAGAAGAAACGUGACAAAAACUGGGACACUGGAAAAUUCGAACUUCUCUGGAGGCAGCCUCUUUUGGAUCUGCCACCGUUCAAUGUUACAGACCUUUUUGUGGAAGGAGUUGGUAUUAAGAGAUCAAGGCAGAAAGCUGCUCCCAUCACUAAUUUUAAUUUUCUUGAUACAUUAGCAAGAAUACCACAGACAACUGAGUGUGCCUCACCCAAUCAUGAAAAACAAGGAGAAUCAAUAAGAACUGUAAAUAACAAGCAAAACAUCAAAAUGAAAAUUGAAAAAGCUAUUUUUUGCACUUUACCUAAGCCUCUCAAGAGGCCACCAGGGAAAAGUUGUAAAGUAAGGGAUGCACACGUGAAACCCACUGGGCACAUAGCUCUUCCCAACUUAGUUUUACAACCUACACAAAGCAUCACAGAGACGAAACAUGUGCAGUAUAUGAACAAGGCAAAAGGAAUAACAGAUUCAAGCUUUCACAGAGUAAAUCAGACAGCCUCUACCUUUCAAAAUAUGAAUCCCUUGGACUGGCCUUUACUUCAGCCUUCCAAAAUAUCAGGUUUGCAGAACAGCAACAAGAAAAUUCCAUGCUUAGUUUGUGGAGACACUUUCCAGUUGGAGAAAACAUGUAAACGCUGCAGCUCCUUUUGUGCAACAGUACUGCAAGGAAGUUCAUAUUUACCUAUGAAUGAUUGUUCUACCCCUGAAAAGAAGGUGACCAGCAACAAGAUAAUUGUUCAUAGCAGUGUCUUCCCUGAAAACAUAUGAGUCCAUUCUGAGUACUCCAGUCUUUUAAAAGCGUUUUUUGAAACAAAAAUAGAACUGUGCAAGCCUUGCAUAAGCAGAUGUUGAAGAAAAAUUAUUUGCCAUGAGCAACUCAAAGAUAUUAUUUAAAGGCCCUGGGCUACAAGAGUUGGAGAUUUUUGUAAGCCAUGGCUGUGUCGGAGACUAUCUGAUUAUACUGAAGCCAAUUAACAAAGUUUACUAUUACAGCAGCUCUGUGGCCAAUAUGCUGGACCCAACUGUGUGGAAAGUUCAAAGAAAUACAGUGAGCUCUCUUUUUAUGUCAUGCAAUACUCCCUCCAUUUUUGCAUCUGCAAUCCCCUGUAUGAUGGCCAUCUUGUAAACAAGAGUUUGAUCAACUGUAAAAACUCUUGUGUGUCAGUGAAUGGGAGUGGAAGGGCUUGCCAACCUGUCCACUGGCACAUAGUGUAAUGUAAAAAAAAAACACAUUGUGAGAUCAUUUUCUUGGAGACACACCUGGGGAAGAAAGGAAGAUUGCUUAUGAUUAGUACCUUUUUACAAAUUAUCUUUUGAGGAUAUCCCCCUGUACUUUGGGCUAUGGUCCUUUACUGCUCUUCCAUGGUCCACAUGUCAGUUAAGUCAGACAAAGUGAACCAGUUAAACCAGCCAUUUACCUCCCCACCGUUAAUAUGAGGACAGUAAUGGCGAAAUGAUUCUAUAUUCUUAGCUUUUCUUCCUGAAUUGACCAAGGAAUGGACCUCAUCUGUGAUCCAUGGAAUAGCCUAUCUUCCAGCGGUGGGCUGUGGACCCUUUAAAGAUGUCUAGCUGACAGGCGCCUGUUCUAUUUGUCUGUCAGGAAAGAACCCACCCUAAUUUAGAGCGUCUUGGGGAUUCCUCAGGGUGCUUAUUGGAGUUUCUGUAUGAUAUCUGUCAGAAUCCAGUUCCCAUUUUGUCAGGAAUAGCCAGUGCAGAAUUCCUAAGAAGGUAUUCCACAACCCGGGGCUUAAAAUCAGAAUUAGCCUCUACAUCUCCAAAGCUCAGGAAGAACAGAGUUUUGUAGAAUCAAAAUGUAAAACAUACUAGUGAUAGAAACUGCCUGUUAUACCAAUCAAUUAAUCUUGCUGCUACUGCAGGGUUUUUUAUUCCAGUACAUUUUCUUUUUGUUCAAUCUAUUUCAAAAGUCAGGAGGGGUUGGUUUCACCACUACUCCCAAGAAUAGACGCAGUGGUUUUUGUGAUAGUUCUACCUUGUUUGAGUGACAAGGGUACAUCACACUUGAGUGUGACUGAUCUUUAUUAACUGGCUUCAGUUGUGAUAUAGCUCAGCAUUACAGAAAGUCAGCACGUUCUGACUCUAGUGACCACUCAUACAAUUAGGAUCAAGUUGCAAGUUGCUGAAUAAAUCUAUUUCAGUUAACUGUCUGAGACAGAGAAUGUGGGGGUAGGCUCACAAGGCCCUGGAAAAAUGCUGGCAAUCUGAUUGUGGUUACACAUUCCAGGUUGUGAAAUACUGACCUCCUCUAGAAAUAUAUUUUUCCUACCCAAACUAUUGAAGGUGCCAGAUGCACCCUUUUCAUGCAAAAAAGCAAGCCAGGGCUGCAUAGGAGAUGAUAAAUUAAAUCCUAUUCUUUCAUUAAACCAACUUGUAUUGGCAAUAAAAGCAGCAGACAGUGAGUGGGACUGCAGGGAAGAGAGAGCCUAUGCAUAAGAUAUGCUAUAAAAAUGUCCAAGACCAAGCAAAUCAUCUGGGAACCAUAAUUUGAGCCUAUGUGAAUGAUCCUUAUUAUACCAAGUACAGACAUCUUUUAAGGUCACCUGAUAUCAGAAGAGACAUACAAACAGACUGCAUUAAUAAAUAUGAGAAUGGUAAUCUUGAAUCCCAGUAAAUAGAGUAUCCUGUAUGUCAGUGGUUCUCAAAG